AUGUGCAAAAAUUUGGUUGAGAAAGGCAACCUCGACAAGCCCCUGAUCCUUUACAACCGCACCAAAUCCCGCUCUGAAGAUCUCGCCUCUAAACUCGGCAGCUCCAAGACAAAAGUUGUCGAUACCAUCAGCGAUGCCGUGAAAUCUUCCGAUAUCAUCCUCAUGUGUCUGGGCGACGAUGCAGCCGUUAACUCUGCUGUUGAUACAAUGCUCGAAGCUGGUGUUAGUGGCAAAGUAAUUGUAGAUUGCUCUACCGUGCAUCCUGAUACUACAAAUGCAUUGGAGAAGAAAAUCACAGAGAAGGGUGGUGAAUUCGUGGGUAUGCCUGUAUUCGGCGCGCCAGCUAUGGCCGAUAAUGGCCAACUUGUCUGCGUGACAGCAGGUUCAAAGGCCUCGUGCGAGAAGGUAGUACCGUACACAACAGGCGUUAUGGGCCGCACAAACAUCGACUUCUCAGGACAGCCAGCAGGAAACGCCACACUUAUGAAGGUCAUCGGAAACACUUUCAUCCUUAACAUGGUCUCGCAGCUAUCUGAGGGCCACGUCCUGGCAGAGAAAUCUGGACUGGGAGUCGACAACCUCCACACUUUCAUCUCAACCAUGUUCCCUGGCCCCUACACAGCUUACUCGCAGCGCAUGCUGGCGGGCGACUACUAUCAGCGCGAGGAGCCUCUCUUCCACAUUGACCUGGCUAGGAAGGAUGCAAGACACGCCAUGUCACUGGCGGAAAGCAGUGGCGCGAAGGAUAGUAUGAAGAUGCUGGGGUUGGCGCAGGGCAGAUUGGAUGGUGUAAAGAGUGAGAUCGGGGAUAGAGGAGAUAUCCCCAGUGUGUAUGGAGUCGUGAGGAAAGAGAGCGGACUGGAAUUUAAGAACAAGGGAUAG